AUAAGGGGAUUCGAGAGGACAGUUAAGGAGAUUCUGCCAAAGGGGUUAGGUGAAGAAGCAGUGGAGAAGCAUGUAUCUGAAUCCUUGUUUUUCUUAUCUUCGGGUGUGAAUGAUCACUUCAAAAACAAUACAUUUCGUGGUAGUAGGAAAUUUGCUUCCUACCUCAUAAAUGAAUUCAAAAUACGCUUGCAGGCUUGCCUCAGUCUUGAGGACCCUGCCUAUCAGAAAUGAAACUGAUCCGAUCCAUGAGAAGUUCCAGUAUUGGAAAGAAAGAACAUAUCGGCAUCCAUGACGAUCUUGUCAUAAGGUCCCUUGAAUCCCCAAUUGAGAUGAGUUUAGUGGGAAAUCGGGAUAGAGAUGACAAGAUGUAUUGGUCCCUUGGUAUGUUCUUUCAGAAGUACGUCUGGAUGCACCCUAUUGUUCUCAAAGGACGGCCCAACUCAUCAGGCCCUUCUGAUCCAGUUUACUGAAAUUGUGGAAAAAUAUGGAAUAAUGCUAUCUGAAAAAAAGAGCCUUAUUGGUCAGGCCCAAAUUGAUUUUUUGGGAAUGACUUUCAAUAAUGGUUUCUUCCAGCCUGGAGAGCACAUCUCAAAGGAACUGUUAAACUUUCCUGAUAAUCACCUGACAACAAAGCAGGUCCAACAGUUCUUAGGCAUCAUCAAUUACAUCCGUGACUUUCUUCCGGAUGUGACGAGACACACAAGUCAGUUGUCAAAGUUACUAAAAAAGCAACCCCCACCUUGGGGCCCUGAACAGACGACAGCUGUUAAGCACCUGAAAGAAGUAGCACAGAAACUCCCACCAUUGAAGAUUCCUAGCAAUGGACAACGCAUCCUGCAAACUGAUGCUAGUGAUAAAUACUGGGGAGCUGUUCUCCUUGAAGAGAUUGAUGGAACAAGACACUACUGUGCGCAUGCUAGCGGACAGUUCAAGGAGUCAGAAAAACACUACCAUGCUACAUACAAGGAGAUUCUCGCAGUCAAAAGAGGAAUCGAGAAGUUCAGCUUUCACUUGAGUGCAUAUCAUUUCAUUGUGGAAAUGGAUAAUACGUCCUUUCCAUCCAUGCUAGACACCAAAGGGAAGAUACUACCAAACUCACAACUUUUAAGAUGGAAAGAUUGGUUUUCACGCUAUAAAUUCACAGUAAGACACAUCAAAGGAAACCACAACACCAUAGCUGACUACCUUUCCAGACCAACCAAAGAACUUCCACCCAAAGUUCUUCACAUCCUAGCCAUGAAUAAAGCUUCACCACCAACCUUCCCUCUUCCAGACUGCCCUCAAGACCACAAGUUCUAUAGAAGAGAACCUGGACCGUUUCCUUUUUCCCUUCGACCUAGGACUGCUGCUGAGGUCAAGACCCUAGCUGAAGAAUGCCUGUUUUACUGGUUACACAGGCUCCUCCUUGUUACCCAAAUCACAGCAAAACCUCAACACUUUCACCCGAAAACACCUUAUCACAUCAUACCCACCAUCAAAGGUGAAAUUCCUGAAGAAAUGCUGUGGUUCAUGUGGGCGCUCUCUGUUCAGUACGAUUGCGCCAUCAUAGUUCCUGGAAUUGCUAUGUACAGAUUUCUCUGUGACAAAAGCUUCUCAGGAACAAAUCUUGAGAAACUUCUCAAGAUGUUUGCACCUAUUCCAUUUUGGAGAGGAAAACUCUUCAGUGCACUAACAGACCAUGACGUUUGGAACAUUUCUGAUAAGCUGAGACACAAGUUUUACUGUGCCUUUGUCUUAAGAAGGCUAUUUGCUUCCCGUCAAGGGAUCCUUUACACCAGAAACAACAUCAACAUUGUUGGUUAUUCAAAGAUAUGGCCAACAGAUGAGAAACACUGUCUCAACAAUCUGGCCAAACAUCUCACCUUCCACAACAAUCCUAACGUUGAUGUACUCAAAGAAGCCAUUGAAGGACUCUCACUUUCAUCAGAAGAGGAAGCUUCCUCCUUCAGGACUGUACAGGAAGAAUUAAGAGAAUUCCAAGCCAACUUUCUUGCUUCAUCUGUAACUUAUCCUACACCACCACUCUACCAGGAUGAACACCCAUGGAAUUCUCCUCUUGAAAAUCAAGCCACCUAUGGUUACGGAAAUAUUGAAGAUGAGGAACCAGGAUCAAGGGUCUAUCCAAUACCGCCAAGCCCAACAUAUGUAGAUGCUGGAAUUGAAGAUGAUGAUACUGAGGAUCAAAACACAGAAGGACCACAUGACCUUGUGGAUAACAUUGAUGAACAUGAGCCCAUUACGAAAUACAGUCCGUGAAGAAUGGGACCCAGCAACAAUCAUAAUGUCCAGAAGUAAUUAUGAUAUUUUGUCUUUAUAAUCAUGUAAAAUAUGGUGUGACAUAAAGUAAGUUUGUCCUUUUAUAAUCAUCAAGAGGAGUGAUGUGAGAUAAAGUUGUCAUAAUGUAACCAGAGAUAAGAUUCCUUCUUAUCUCUUAGUAGUGCGGUCCACGUGUCUGUAGCUUGCUUAAAGUUGUUUGUCUUGUUGUAAUGAUGGAUAAGAUUCUUUCUUAUCCUCUACUACCCAAGAGUCUCUAUAUAUAGAGGGGCUCUCCCAUUGU